UUCACAUUCACUUUGGAUCUAGCCAAUAGCAGCUCUGCUGGUGCGUGAGAGAGGCGUGAGCUCUCCAGAGGUGGAGUCGUGCGCCACGUCUCAGUUUACAGGCUCCACUCUGCGAUUGGGAGGGGUGCAGUGCGCAGGCUGGAGACGGGAUCCAUGGCAACAAUCAUGGCAGAGGCAGAAACCCGCCAGAAGCUGCUGCGCACCGUCAAGAAGGAGGUAAAGCAAAUUAUGGAAGAAGCCGUCACCAGGAAAUUUGUUCAUGAGGACAGCAGCCAUAUUGUGUCGUUUUGUGCUGCGGUGGAGGCAUGUGUCCUGCAUGGACUCAAACGGCGAGCAGCUGGUUUUCUGCGCAGCAACAAGAUCGCAGCACUUUUUAUGAAGGUGGGGAAAAGCUUCCCCCCAGCAGAGGAGCUGUGCAAAAAGGCCCAGGAGCUGGAGCAGGUCAUGGAGACAAAACGAAGUCAGAGCUUGCAAAGUCAGGACAGCCUCCGGAAGAUGCCGCGCCUGCCCAGCCUCAACCCUCAGGGGGUGAAGAACCUGUGGAUUAAAGCAGCUCUGUUUGAGAAGGUGCUGGACAAGAUUGUCCUCUACCUGGUGGAGAACAGCAGUAAAUACUAUGAGAAAGAGGCUCUUCUAAUGGACCCUGUUGAUGGGCCGAUCCUAGCAUCAUUGUUAGUUGGACCUUGUGCUUUGGAGUACACAAAGAUGAAGACAGCGGAUCACUUUUGGACAGACCCGUCUGCUGAUGAGUUGGUGCAGAGACAUCGGAUCCACAGUGGUCACUGCAGGCAGGAUUCUCCCACCAAGAGGCCGGCGCUCUGUAUCCAGAAGCGACACUCCAGCAGCAGCAUGGACGAGCGUCCGUCCCCGUCACCCUCAGCUCGGGAAUAUGUGGAGUCGCUGCAUCAGAACAACAGGGCCACUCUGCUGUUCGGCAAGAAUAAUGUGCUCGUACAACCGAGGGAUGACAUGGAGGCCAUACCAGGUUACCUUUCCCUGCACCAGACUGCUAACAUCAUGACACUGAAAUGGACCCCCAACCAACUCAUGAACGGUUCGGUGGCGGAUUUGGACUAUGAGCGCAGUGUUUACUGGGACUAUGCCAUGACAAUCUGUUUAGAGGAGAUAGUUUAUUUGCACUGUCAUCAACAAGUGGACAGUGGGGGGACGGUGGUGCUGGUCAGUCAAGAUGGGAUUCAGAGACCUCCACUCCGCUUCCCUAGGGGAGGACAUUUGCUCCAGUUCCUCUCCUGCCUGGAGAACGGCCUGCUUCCUCAUGGCCAGCUGGAGCCUCCACUGUGGUCCCAGAGGGGGAAGGGAAAGGUGUUUCCCAAACUGAAGAAAAGGCUUCCUCCUGGAUCCGGAUCCUCAGACUCUGUAUCAGACAAAGAGGAAGAUGAAGCCAUGGACUACGUCUUCCGCAUCCUCUUCCCAAACAGCCAGUCAGAGUUUGCAUUGCCCCCAGACCUGAUGGAUCAGGGAGUGACGAUGUGGCAGCCCCCUCUCAGGAAGGCGUCGUGCUCCUCCUGCUCUCACGGGAGCUUCUCUGACGGGACGACGCUCAAGGGGUGCAACUACGAGAGGACUCCUCUGAAGCUGCUGUGUGACAACAUGAAAUACCAGAUCAUCUCCAGGGCGUUUUACGGCUGGCUGGCGUACUGUCGACACCUGUCCACUGUGCGCACACACCUGUCUGCUCUCGUCAACCACACCAUCGUGGCGCCGGAUGUGCCGGGUGAUGCGUACGAGGGGCUCACCACAAACGUGUGGCAGACAUUUCUCCAGGACAGCACAACCUACAAGGAGCAUGAGCUUCUCCGCCUGGUUUACUUCGGUGGGGUGGAGCCCUCGCUGCGUAAAGACGUGUGGCCGUUCCUGCUGGGUCACUACAAGUUCGGAAUGUCUGAGGCUCAGAGGAAAGAGGUGGAUGAACAAGUGCGGGAGAGCUACCAGCAGACCAUGAGCGAGUGGCUGGACUGUGAGGGCAUAGUCCGCCAGCGAGAGAAGGAGCAACACGCUGCAGCGCUGGCAAAGUGCUCCUCGGGGGCCAGUAUGGACAGUUCUGGUCAGAGGAUGACCCAUCAUGAUUCUACUGUGAGCAAUGAGUCCCAAUCCUCCAGGAGCUCCGACAGGCAGAGUUUAGCUCACCUACAGAGCGAUUCUAGUAGUGGCACACAGGUAUUCGAGUCUGUGGAGGAGGUGGAGCAGAUUGAGUUGGAGACUAAACCUGAAGAAGCCAAACAGGUUCCUAGGAUGCCAAAUGGAGCUCUUCAGAACGAGAAUAGCUCCCCAGAUUCUGGGCACCCCUCCUCCCGAAACUUUUCCAUCACAUCUGGCCUGUCGGAGGGCUCCUUCAGCACAGAGGACAGCUCUGCACCUGAUGCCAGCCAUCGGCCUGCAGCUGCGCCUCAGACCCCGCAGAGCUCCGUCAAAGCUGCAGGAGGACAAAGUGGAGCUCUGACGGUGGCAGGUGAAGAGGACGACAAAGGGGAGGAAGAGGGGGGCGUGUUUAGUGUGACCAAAACUGUGGAUGAUUUGGAGACAGAGGCAGCAAACAAAGACAAAAAGGAAUGUGUGCUGUCAGAACAGGAAAAGACUGUGGACACUAUUAAGAAAACAACGGCUCCAACACAAUCAAAGCAUAAACACACAGAGUGUCCUCAAAAAGAUCUGGCAGCUAGCAGAGAGGGAGCUUCCACGCUUGAUGACAGAAGCGUGAAGAGGAUCAAGGAAUCAGACAAAUCCAGUGUUGCAGCCACUGAGAGGAAAGACAACACACAUACAGGCCCUGGCAUUCCUGAAGAUGGAAGGAAUCCUGGUAGCCCUCUAGAUACUCGAGCCUCGAGAGAAAGCGGAGCCGUCUGUGCCUCUCAGAAAGACGCGCCUCAGGUCAUGACUGACUCUGACGAGUCUCCCUCAGCCAUCGAGAUGGAGGAGAUCCCCACAGCCAAAGUUUCCAUGGUGCCUUGGAGCAGUAAGGGACACUGUGAACCUUCCUCUCAGGACUCCAACCUUCCAGUGGAACUCAGGCAGGAAGGAGGAAAAGUCAGUCCAGAAGGAAGCGAAUCUGUUCUGUCAGAGCCAGAGAUGGAAAGCCUUUACCCUCCAUUUGAUGCUGCAGCCAAGUCUGAAGACACCAAGGAUGAGGCGACCUCUGGAGAAGUGGCUGGGAGCAGUUACCGUCAAGAGCUUCUGGACUUAUACACACUCAACCUGCAUCGCAUCGAGAAAGACGUCCAGCGCUGUGACAGGAACUACUGGUACUUCACUCCUGCCAACCUGGAGAAGCUGCGCAACAUCAUGUGCAGCUACAUCUGGAGACACCUUGACAUCGGAUAUGUUCAGGGGAUGUGUGACCUCCUGGCUCCACUUCUGGUCAUUUUGGAUGACGAGGCCAUGGCUUUCAGCUGCUUCACUGAACUCAUGAAGAGGAUGAAUCAAAACUUUCCUCAUGGAGGAGCUAUGGAUACACACUUUGCAAACAUGCGCUCACUGAUUCAGAUUCUGGACUCUGAGCUGUUUGAGCUGAUGCACCAGAAUGGCGACUACACCCACUUCUACUUCUGCUACCGGUGGUUUCUACUCGACUUCAAACGAGAGCUAGUAUAUGACGAUGUGUUUGCUGUGUGGGAAACCAUCUGGGCCGCCAAGUACGUGUCCUCCGGUCACUUUGUGCUCUUCAUUGCCCUGGCGCUGGUGGAGAUGUACAGAGACAUCAUCCUGGAGAACAACAUGGACUUCACUGACAUCAUCAAGUUCUUCAAUGAAAUGGCAGAGCACCACAACAUCAAGAAGAUUCUAACCCUGGCCAGAGAUCUGGUGUGCAAAGUUCAGAUACUGAUAGAGAACAAGUGAUUUCCUCUUUUCCUUCCAAGUGAACAGCUGUAGCAGCACAAGAGUACAUCACACAAGCACGCACAUACAGUAUCCGACACCAACUCCUUACAAUCACCGUUUGCUGCUAUGAGCCUUAUCAACUGGAUCCUCUGAAGUAUCUGUUUUGCCUCUAUGAAAAUAUGCUUAAAUUUGUUUUGUGUGCAAGUGAUAGCAGAUGAAACAGUAAAGCCCUGUUGUAGACAUUCCUGAAAUGUAAAUCUGAAGAGUGCACUUAAUAUUUUGAGGAAAAACAAGUUGUAGUUGCACAUUACAAGCCAAAACAUAAACGCUAUAUUCAACCAGAGACUAUAUUUAUUAGAGAUGCAUUAUUAAAGUUUAUAUUGCAAUUAUUUUAGAGCUACAAAAAUAUAUCAGUAAGUCAACUUCCUCUUCCUGAAAAGGCCAGAAUGUCAGAUUUUAAUGUAUUUCAUGUUCAACACUCCAAAUUUUGAAUGGUUUCCUCAGACUAAUUCAGAAGACUAUCUGAAAUGUUACUUAAACUUUAAUUUACGUUUUGCUCUCAGUCAUAGCUCGGAGUACUUAAGCUUCCAACUAAAAAUGUUGUUUUAUUUGAUAUCCAACAGUGUUUUUCUUGAGCUGCCUUGUUUGCAAGAUACUGUGCGAUUCUAUGUGUGACGCGUGUACUGUGCAAGACUUGCUGUGUCUUUUCAGAAAACAAAGUUUAAAACUAGUAUUGCUAAACAAUGUUUAACUCUGUUAAAUCAUAGCCGAAAAUCUGAGUGGCUUUUGGUCGUCUGUUCAAAGAUUUAUACUGAAAACAAGCCUCAUUUAGUCAUUUCUAGUGAGUUAUUUUGAAUUAUCCAGUGAACUUCUGUAUAUUUUGUAAAUUGUGCAGUUUAUUUAAAUUCAAAGUCUUGGAUUUUGUCAUACAUUUUUUGUUUCAAUAUCAGUAUAUAUUUAUGAUGAUUAAAUAAAUUAUAUAUGAAACAAAUCAGUUGCAAUGGUAACAUUUAGUGAAAAUUACUAACUGAAGGCUAUUGUUUUCCUAGGUAGAAGUAAGUCGUCAUUUGAGCUGAAAAAUAGAAAACAACAUUUUCAGUAUGAUGCAUUUUAAUAAAAUUAAAAUGCAAAAAUUUGGAGUCAAGUUUUAACCCUCUGUCUUGCCUGCCAGUCAUUACUAGAAACCUUUAGUUGAGUGCUUAUUUGUUUUUCAGGAAUGUAGUAAGGCUAUUUGCAAUGUAUGUUUUUGCAAAUGUAUUUCUUCAUUGUUUCUGCCAAAAUAUGCAUUUCUUUUUUUUUUCAUUCAUUUAUUUUUCUUCAAAUGCUGCUUUGUUUGUAAAGCUUAUAUUAAAACUUUGUGUCCAGUUCCUGUAAAACAAUAAAAUUAUAUACUGGUAAAUAAAACAUA